AUGCAACUCAAGGACCUUUUCGUCGCACUUGCGAUCCCCGCCCUCUGCACCGCUGCAGCCAUCCCUCAGGACACUCAGUUCCCAGAUGGCGAAGACAUUGUGGGCGGAGAAGCUGCUUCGGCAGGCCAGUUUCCCUUCAUUGUCAGUAUUCAGCGAAACGGCCGCCACUUCUGCGGCGGCUCAUUGCUGAAUGCCAACACGGUCCUUACGGCUGCUCACUGCGCCGUGGGUCAAGCUGUUGCGGGACUUAGUGUCCGCGCGGGAAGUCUUAACAGAGCCUCAGGAGGAACCGUUUCUGCUGCAUCUGCCGUCCGUGUUAACUCCGGCUACGUGGCUUCGACCUACGAUGGCGAUGUUGCCAUCAUCAAGCUCGCAACCCCCAUUCCAACGAGCUCUACUAUCACAUACGCCACUUUGGCCGCUGCUGGUUCUGAUCCUGCUUCUGGCACCCUGACCUCUGUGGCAGGAUGGGGCACACUCUCCUCAGGUGGUUCCACCAGCCCCACCCUUCUUCAGAAGGUUGACGUCCCCGUUGUUUCGCGUGCGACGUGCCAGUCCAACUACCCCACCAGGACCAUUACUACCAACAUGUGGUGCGCAGGUCUUGCUCAAGGUGGCAAGGAUUCUUGCCAGGGUGACAGCGGUGGUCCCAUUGUCGUUGCGAGCACCAGGGUCCUCGCUGGAAUUGUUUCUUGGGGCGAGGGAUGUGCGGCAGCGGGCAAGCCGGGUGUAUACACUCGCGUCGGUGCCACUGCUAUCCGCAACUUCAUUAACGCCAAUAUCUAA